CUUGGUGUCGCUGCUAACGCGAUAAUUGUCAGUAGAGCCAAUCGCACAAUAAUUCUUUCUGUCAAAAGUUCUUAGUGCCGUGCGCGUCCAAAGUUUGUGAUUGAUAUAUAAACAAACAUGCCUGAAUUAACUGAAAUCAAAAAUGAUACCGUAGAAGCCACUACUCUGCCCAGUGCUAGCACUGCAGCUACCGCUGAAGCCAAACCAGCUGAGAAUGUACGUCUAGAGGAUGACGGUAGUGACAGUGAUUCGGAGGAUACCAUUCCUGAGUUGGAAGAUGCUGGUGCUGGAGCUACACAGUUGGGUGGCGGUGCUACCGGCUUGCCAAUUGAUCUCGUAUCCAAAGCUAAACAAUCUCGUGGUGAAAAGAAGGCACGUAAAAUUAUGCUUAAAUUGGGUCUCAAACAAAUUCAAGGUGUCAACCGUGUAACCAUACGCAAAUCCAAGAAUAUUCUUUUUGUUAUAAAUAACCCGGAUGUCUACAAGAAUCCACAAAGUGAUACCUACAUUGUAUUCGGUGAAGCUAAAAUCGAAGAUCUUUCGCAGCAAGCACAAGUUGCCGCUGCUGAGAAAUUCAAGGCACCUGAAGCUGCUGGCGCUUCCGAUACUAUUGGUGCUGCUACGUCUGUUGCGCCAAUUGCAGAGGAAGACGAAGAAGAAGUUGACGAUACUGGUGUUGAUGAAAAGGACAUUGAGUUGGUUAUCACCCAAGCUAACACCACGCGAGCCAAGGCUAUACGUGCGCUCAAGAACAACAAUAAUGACAUUGUCAAUGCCAUUAUGGAGCUUACUAUGCUUUAAGCAUAGACGAAGGCUCCUUUGUGCAUUUGCAAUACCCGCCCUAUUAUACUAAAAUUACAAGAAUUAUUAAAAAAAAAGUUUAAAAGUAAAAAAACAACUUUCUUAUUCAAACUUGUUAAAGAAAUGAGUAUUUAAAAUUAACAAAAUAAACAGUCAAAAUUCAUGUUUAUAUAUUA